UUUUGUCAUAGAAUGAUGUGCACCCGCUUCCGCUUUUGUGCUUCCUUGUUGUUUCCACAGGCUGCUUCCACGUGUGUUCGGAAUAAUGCCAGUAAACAGCAGGAGAGAGCAAGGGAAAGAUGCUGCCGUGCAGGGGACAAAUGACAGCAGUGUGGUCAGUAAGGUGUCCGCAGCAGCACAGGGCUACUUCCACGAUGAUUUCCUUAAGCAUUUUGUGUGCAAGGUGUCAAGAAGAGCUCCACUGAUUAAUAGAGGUUAUUAUGUGCGCUGGAAAGCAGUCGAUCACUGUCUGAAACAGUUUUUCCAUGCCACUCAAUCCUGCUCGAGGAGACAGAUUCUGUCACUUGGAGCCGGGUUUGACUCCCUGUAUUUCCGGCUGCAUGCAGAAGGAGCCCUUGGAGGUGUCACAGUUUUCGAGGUUGACUUUCCAGAAGUUGCCCGGCGCAAGGCUGCCUUGAUCAAUAGCAAUACUUGCCUGAAGGACAUGUUGCCAGAUAGGGAGACUGUCUCAAAUCAGCAGACUAAUGCUGUGUUCAUCAGAAGUGGUCAUUAUAAUCUCAUUGGUGUGGAUGUCAGGAAGGAGCAGGAGGUGGAGGUGACUCUGAGCGGAGCUGGACUACAGUGGGACGCUCCCACACUUGUCUUGUCAGAGGUCGUGCUGACUUAUAUGGAAACACAAUGGUCAGAUGCUGUGAUUGGCUGGGCUGCCAAGUUACUCCCACAAUCUGUGUUUGUGAUGUAUGAACAGAUCCACCCAGAUGACCCGUUUGGCAGGGUCAUGCAGAACCACUUCCUGAAGCUCAAUUCUACCAUACACGCUCUCAAACAAUAUCCAGACACUGUCACUCAGACGCAGAGAUUCAUACAGAAGGGCUGGGAAAAAUGUGUCUGUCUGGAUAUGAACCAGUUCUACUUUGACCUUCUUCUUGAAGAUGAGAGGCAGAGAGUCGAGGGACUGGAGCCUUUUGAUGAGUUUGAGGAAUGGAACCAGAAAUGUUCCCAUUACUUCAUCCUUACAGCCUCCAAAGGUUCUGUGACCAAUCAAGCACUUCUCACACUAGCAAAGGUGUCCUCCAUCCCUCACAUGACUCCUCAGUGGGCCGAGCGUCCUACCCUGGUUAUUCAGCCCAUGUGUGGGUCUCCGAGUAUAGAGGCUGUUGGUAUGGCUUCUGCUGUCCUGGCACCUGGAAUCAUCUUACUCACCGGAGGCUGUGGGAGAAGUGGAAGAGACACAACAGCGAGGGUCCUGAUCAAAGAGAAGGAUGGCUGGAAGUGUGCCUGUGUGGAAGCUCAUGGAGAUAAAGUGGUUAGUCUUUAUCAGACGUUGACCUCUAUCCCUGGAGGUGGAGCUGUCCUCUUCGGUGGCAGAACGUCUCCACUCAAUCCAACAGACAGUGUUGGGUGUGUGACCUUUGACCCUGGUAACGAGCAAUCCCAAAGUGCUGUAAAGCUGUCAUUUAGGAACAUGGUUUGCACCGGCACUGGUCCAAAACCUCGAUGGCGACAUACAUCAACCUUGAUAUGUUAUAAAGAUAAGACCUUUCUAUUUGUGUUUGGAGGACGUACAGAGAAGGAUCCAGUUCUAGCUGAUGCACAUUUCCUGUGUUUGGAGGACAAACACUGGACUGAGAUGACGGUUGUUGGUGCUGUUCCGGAAGCCCGUCAUUCCCAUUCUGCUUGUCCCUAUGGAGGGGGGCUUGUGAUAUUUGGAGGUUUGGGGAAAGGUAGCAGACCCCUCUGUGAUGCUUUCUACCUGAGACCCACAUCAUCAGGUUUCUGCUGGGAGACAAAGAAUUUACAUCCACCCCCAGUACCCAGAUAUUCUCACUCAGCCCAUGUAAUAAAUGAGAAGUUGGUUGUGGUUGGUGGAGUUUGGCUUCAGGCUGAUGGAGUACCAGGAGUUGCUGUAAUAAACCUGAGCACUGGGAGCUGUGUGGAGAUCCAGCUGGAUACUUCGUCUGUGCCUUGGCCUCUGAUGUUGCAUUCAUUCUGCUGUGAGCUGCUGGACUCUGAGGGGUCUGAGAUGGUGCUCAUUGGUGGAGGUGGAAAUUGUUUCUCAUUUGGAACUCACCUCAAUCUCCACCCCAUAACUGUAGAUCUAAGACCAGUACUUUGCAAUUCAUAUUAGUCUAAGUACAAACUACA